AUGAAGCUAUGUCAUCUAGAAGCUCCACCAUGCCUUUGGCCUAAGUUUCUCAAUUCCCAAGAUUCUCCCAACUUUCUGCACCAUGUGAAUUCCUUUUACCUAAAUGAACAAAGGAGGAACCUCUCGAGAAAGCCUACCGUGGGCAUGAAGCUAAGUCAUCUAGAAGCUCCACCAUGCCUUUGGCUUAAGUUUCUUAAAUGCCAAGAUUCUCCCAACUUUCUCCACCAUGUGAAUUGCUUUUACCUAAAUGAACAAAGGAGGAACCUCUCGAGAAAGCUUACCGUGGGCAUGAAGCUAUGUCAUCUAGAAGCUCCACCAUGCCUUUGGCCUAAGUUUCUCAAUUCCCAAGAUUCUCCCAACUUUCUGCACCAUGUGAAUUCCUUUUACCUAAAUGAACAAAGGAGGAACCUCUCGAGAAAGCCUACCGUGGGCAUGAAGCUAAGUCAUCUAGAAGCUCCACCAUGCCUUUGGCUUAAGUUUCUUAAAUGCCAAGAUUCUCCCAAUUUUCUUCACCAUGUGAAUUGCUUUUACCUAAAUGAACAAAGGAGGAACCUCUCAAGAAAGCCUACCUUGGGCACGAAGCAAAGGAGGAACCUCUCAAGAAAGCCUACUCUGGGCAUGAAGCUAAGUCAUCUAGAAGCUCCACCAUGCCUUUGGCCUAAGUUUCUUAAUUGCCAAGAUUCCCCCAAUAUUUUCUUGAUUGAGUAA